AGAUCGAACCUUUUUUACGUAUUUUGUCCUUGGUCCCAUCCUCAUCUCUCCCUAUUGUACCCAAAUAGACGUACCUACCUCAAAGCCACCACCAUGUCGGACCUCCCGCCCAACGUCCAUGUCUCGCAGCACCCGUGCCUACUCGCAAAGUUGAGCCAGCUGCGGUCACAAGACACCCUCCCGAAAGACGUCAAGGGGUUGAUCCACGAUAUUUCCCUGAUCGUGGGCUGCGAAGCAUUUGCCAAAGGACUCACCAGUGCUCCAGGACCAACUCCUAACCUAUACCUCCAGGACAAAACCCCCCUCGGCUUCGACUUCCAAACCCACCAACUCCUCCCCGCGACCGUCUCUCUCAUCCCCAUCCUCCGCUCCGGCCUAGGCAUGGUCGAAGCCAUCCAAACCCUCCUCCCGCACCCCGUCCCCGUGCACCACCUCGGCCUGUACCGCGAGCCGGCGACGCUGCACCCCGUCGAGUACUACAACAACCUGCCCAACCACCUCGCCGGUAGCGGCGGCGGCAACGGCGGCGACGGCGGUGGCACGGCGGACACCAGCGCGUCCGAGCUGGCCAUCAUCCUCGACCCGGUCAUCGCUACGGGCGGGACGUGCGCGGCGGCCAUCCAGACGCUGCGCGAGUGGGGCGCCCGCCGCGUCGUCGUGCUGUCGGUGCUCGGCGCCGCGUCCGGCGUGAAGGCGGCCGCGGCCGAGUGGCCGGAGGGUGUGGAGAUCUGGCUGGCCGGGGUGGAUGAGGAGUUGACGGACCGCGGGAUGCUCAAGCCUGGCUUGGGGGAUGUGGGGGAUAGGCUGUUUUUGACGAUUGGGAAGUAGGCGGUGGUUGGUUGAGGGGUUGGUUGAAUAGUUUGGUUGUGUUUCUUGGAUGCGGAAUGGAGCACAACAUGGUGACAUGUCCCUUUUCGCCUUCAA